CAGAGAAUUAACUCAUCUCAAUCCUGUUCUUUCAAUUCAAAAAUGUUUUUCAACAAAUUCGCCACUCUAUUCCAAUGUUGCUUCGGUUUAUCAUAUAAGCCCAGAAAUGCAGCACCUGUUACCACAACUGAUUCUUCUUCUCAAGAUUCAGCAUUACUUAAGCUAUUAGAUAAUUCAUCUGAUAAUCCCUCAAGAAUAUUGCUCAGUGAUGGAAGGUAUUUAGCUUACCAGGAAAGAGGAGUUCCAAAGAAUGAAGCACAAUUUAAACUCAUUAUUGUUCAUGGAUUUGGAAGCUCCAAAGAUAUGAUCUUUCUUCUUUCCCAGGAACUGAUCAAUGAACUUAAACUAUAUAUGUUGUUAUAUGAUCGAGCUGGGUAUGGAGAAAGCUCACCCAAUCCAAACCGAUCGCCAAAAUCAGAAGCUGCAGACAUAGAAGAACUUGCGGAGAAGAUGCAGUUAGGACCUAAAUUCUAUCUAAUUGGAAUCUCUAUCGGUUCUUACCCUCUUUGGAGUUGUCUAAGAAGAAUACCCAGAAGUUUAGCAGGUGCGGCUUUGGUGGUUCCAAUGAUUAAUUACAAAUGGCAAUCUCUUCCAGAUGAUCUUGUUAAAGAUGACAUGAGGAAAUCAAUGGCAAAAUGGGCUUUUUGGGCAGCACGUUACGCCCCUUGUUUGGUUCAUUUAUGGUUGACUCAAAAACUCUUUCCAUCAAAGAACAUCUUGGAAAGAAAUCCCAAGUUUUUCUGUGAUAAAGAUUUGGAAGUUCUGAAAGACACACCUGCGUUUCAGUUGCUCGGUCGAGCUAGUUUGCAGCGAAAAGAGGUGUUUGAUUGUCUUCGUCGCGAUUUCAUGGCUGCUUUUGGAAAAUGGGACUUUGAUCCACUUGAGUUAAGCAACCCAUUUUCAUCUUCUUCUUCAUCAUCUUCAUCGGCGGUGCAUAUCUGGCAUGGAGGUGAAGAUAAGGUUGUGCCGGCGCAGUUACAGAGGUUUGUGGCGGCGAAACUGCCGUGGAUAAGGUAUCAUGAAGUGGCUGAAAGAGGGCAUUUGCUUAUAUAUGAUGCUUCUGUUUGUGAAGCUAUUGUUAGGUCUCUUUUGCUUGGAGAAGAUUAUCAACCCUAAUUAAACUAAACCCUAGAUAGUCAAAUUAAAUCAACUAUUUUAAUUUAAUGGAUUCUUGUUAAGGUGGAUUUUAUUAUAGUAAUUUAUUUAUUAAAAUGUUGUUUGUGUCUUAUUGAAGUCAAUUUGUGUAUGAUGAGGAAAAGGGACUUCUCAUUUAAGCCCUUAUUAUACAAUAUAUCUAUUGCUUUAUUUUUUUC